UGAAGCGAAAGACACAAUGCAGUGCCGAAAGUUUCUGGGAUUUGUUUACCUUGGAUUGUAUCUGUGGACGUCAUUCCUCUUCAAAGGAUCGCUCCAGGGGGAGCACCAGCGCAAACUGUACAGGGACCUGAUGAAAAACUACAAUCGCCUGGAGAGGCCGGUCCAGAACGACUCGGCCCCCAUCGUGGUGGAGCUGGGAAUGACGUUGCUGCAGAUCAUUGAUGUGGAUGAAAAGAACCAGGUCCUAAUGACAAAUGCUUGGUUGCAAUUGCACUGGUAUGACAUUUACCUCAGCUGGAACCCGGACAACUAUCCAGGGGUCCAAAACCUGCGUUUCCCCUCCAAUCAGAUCUGGGUACCUGACAUUCUCCUCUACAACAGUGCAGAUGAAAGAUUCGAUGCCACGUUUCACACCAAUGUUCUGGUGAACUCAUCAGGAUCGUGCCAGUACAUUCCACCAGGAAUCCUGAAGAGCACGUGCUACAUCGAUGUGCGCUGGUUCCCCUUCGACGUGCAGAAGUGUGACCUGAAGUUCGGCUCCUGGACCCACAACGGCUGGCUGCUGGACCUGCAGAUGGUGGAGGUGGACAUCUCCACCUACAUUCCUAAUGGGGAGUGGGAUCUUGUGGGGGUCCCAGGGAAGAGGAAUGAGCUGUACUACGAGUGCUGUAAGGAGCCGUAUCCGGACGUGACGUUCACGGUCACCAUGCGGAGGCGAACGCUCUACUACGGUCUGAACCUGCUCAUCCCCUGCGUGCUCAUCUCGGGCCUCGCCCUGCUCGUCUUCCUGCUGCCCGCUGACUCUGGGGAGAAAAUCUCACUGGGAAUCACAGUUCUGCUGUCUCUGACGGUGUUCAUGCUGCUGGUUGCAGAGAUCAUGCCAGCCACCUCGGACUCUGUACCUCUCAUUGCCCAGUACUUUGCCAGCACCAUGAUGAUUGUGGGCCUGUCGGUGGUGGUCACUGUCCUUGUGCUCCAGUUUCACCAUCACGAUCCCCAGGGUGGCAAGAUGCCUAAGCUGAUAAGGGUGGUCCUGCUGAACUGGUGCGCCUGGUUCCUGAGGAUGAAGAAGCCGGGAGAGGACAGGAAACUGAUUGGCUACAAGUACAGCCAGGCCCCGCCGCUCCACGCCAGCGCCAGCAGCAUCCAGAUGAACACCGUGGCGGCGCAGCCGGCGAGCACCAACGGCAACAUGAACAUGUACUUCGGCUACCACGCCGUGGAGAACCCCUGCUGCCCGCCCAGCAGCGACUCGGGCGUGGUGUGCGGCCGCGCCGGCGGCUCGCCCAUGGAUGAGCGGGAGCGCGGCAGGACUCCGCUGGCGGCUCACGCGCCCGAGAUCGCCAAGAUCCUGGAGGAGGUGCAGUACAUCGCCCGGCGCUUUCGCGACCAGGACGAGGCCGAGGCCAUCUGCAGCGAGUGGAAGUUCGCGGCGGCCGUGGUGGACCGCCUCUGCCUGGUGGCCUUCUCGCUCUUCUCCAUCAUCUGCACCUUCACCAUCCUCAUGUCGGCGCCCAACUUCAUCGAGGCCGUCUCCAAGGACUUCACAUAAUCUCUCGGGCCGGGGAAAGAGAGAACGAGAGCGGAAAUAAAACUGACAGUGACGCUUACGGGGAACAGAAACGCCGGUUACAUUUCCUUGUCUGAGCAAGAACAAAAUGGGUGUCGUAAAAUCAUAAAGAAUAUAUUUAAAAAAGCAUCUAUAAGACUUGCUAUAUGUGGAAAACAUGUCACGCAAAAGAUGGCCUCUCUCUCCCACCCCUUCACAUCUCCCUUUGCCUCGGUGGGCAUUGGUGAAAUUCUUCC